AUGUUCAAAUUUGCCGUUGUUAUCUUCGCUGUCAUUGCCUGUGCUGCUGCCAAACCCGGUUUCAUUGCUGCUCCUUUGGCUUACACUGCUCCCGCUGGAGUUGUUACUGCUACCAGCAGCCAAGUUAUUGAACGCAACUACAAUGGUAUCGCCACUGCCCCUGUUGUAGCUCACGUAGCUGCCCCCGUUGUUGCCAAAUACGCUACUGCCUACACUGCUCCAGUUGCCGCUGCUUAUACUUCGCCUAUUGCUGCUUACUCCAGCCCCUUGGCCUACUCAGCUCCUUUGUCCUACUCUGCUCCUGUUGUAGCCAAAUACGCUGCCGCUUACUCUCAUCCUUUGGCCUACUCAGCACCUUUGACUUAUGCUGCCGCCCCAGCUCCAGUUUUGUUCAAUAAACUCAAAACUAACAAAAUGUUCAAAAUCGCUGUUGUUAUCUUCGCUGUCAUUGCCUGUGCUGCUGCCAAGCCCGGUUUAAUUGGUGCUCCUUUGGCUUAUGCUGCUCCUGCAGCUGUAGUUGCUGCCCCCGCUGGAGUUGUUACUGCCACCAGUAGCCAAUAUAUUGCCCGCAACCACAAUGGUAUCGCUACUUCUCCCAUUGUAGCUCCUGUAGCUGCCCCUGUUGCCGCCUAUACCGCUCCCGUUGUAGCCAAAUAUGCUACUGCUUACUCCACCCCCUUGGCUUACUCCUCUCCUCUGGCUUACUCCGCCCCUGUUGUUGCCAAAUACGCUGCUGCCUACUCUCAUCCUUUGGCUUAUUCUUCACCUUUGACUUAUGCUGCUGCCCCAGCUCCAGUUUUCUUUUAAAAACUGUAUCGGCUGUGAUUUAGAUUAGUUUAGUGCGAAAUAAAAAAAUUACCUAUUUAAAACUUGAA